AUGCAAGCACAAGCACAAUCGGCUUCUGGCCAUGCCACCGCUGCUAGCGAGAGCCCAUACCUGAUUACAAAGACAGAUGUCAACAAAUUCAAAGAUGCGGGAUAUCAUACCGUUGAAUCUGUUCUGUACACCGUCAAGAAGAAUCUUCUCCUCAUCAAAGGUAUCACGGAAGCGAAGAUUGACAAAGUUCUCGAAGCAAUCCAGAAAGAAAAGUCUUUUUCAUUCAAGACAGGGGUCGAAGCGUUGCAUCUUCGAAAGCGAAUCAAGAAGAUCACAACAGGAACGAGCAUGGGUCUUGACGCUUUAUUGGGUGGCGGUUUAGAGAGCUCCAGCAUCACAGAAAUUUAUGGUGAGUUUCGGACUGGAAAAACACAAUGGGUCCACACCCUUGCCGUGACAGCAAUGCUUCCAGCGCAGCAUGGUGGCGGGGAAGGUAAAGUGGCCAUCAUCGAUACCGAGGGUGCUUUCCGACCUGAAAAAAUUGCACCUAUUGCUGAAAGGUUCGGUGUCGACUGUGAAUCAGUGCUGAACAAUUUGCUUAUUGCUCGAGCGUACAAUACGGACCAUCAGAUGAAUAUGAUUCGAGAUCUAGCAGCAAUCAUGAUGGAGGAAGGGCCAUUCGCUAUCCUUAUAAUUGAUAGCAUGACGUCGCUGUUUCGUGUUGAUUAUGUAGGUCGAGGAGAGCUAUCUGCAAGACAGCAAUCGUUGGGUCAAAUGCUCAGCAAAAUUACAAAGAUGGCGGAAGAAUUCAACGUAGCGGUCUUGAUAACCAAUCAAGUGAUGAGCAAUCCCGACGGAGGAAUGACUUUCGUCUCCGAUCCCAAAAAGCCAGUUGGAGGUCACGUGCUGGCGCAUGCCUCUACAACUCGUCUUGAGCUCAAGAAAGGUAGGGGAGAUUGCAGAAUUUGCAAGGUUGUGGACUCGCCAUCGCAACCGGAAGCGGAAGCUUCAUAUCAAAUCUCAGAUGCUGGAAUCAUUGACCCAAAGGAUUAG